AUGCAACGGCGUAUGUCUAUUGCAGACCGCAUCAAGGAUACAUUCAAAAGGGCAGAAUCCGAUUACCCUUUACAUGCCUCGAUCUGCAACAACGACCUAUCAACCUUGCAAGAAGUGCUUGGUUCCCGCGAGGCUUCAUUUUUGUUGUCGGAUGCCGAUGGCUGUUGGGGGACUCCGCUGCACGUGGCAGUCUAUUUGGACAAUAUCGAGGCAGUGAAUAUACUAUUGCAAAGUGGCGUCGACGUCGCUGCUGCUUCUUCCAAGCACGAGCAUCGCUUAUCGCCACUAGCAUUAGCUGCACGUUUGGGUAAUCAACGCCUGCUUUGGCGAUUAUGGCACCAUCUCCACUCACAAGCAGACCCAAAGGAGAAAAACGUCGACUCAUGUCUUUUUGAAGCCUCAAUCAACAGCCAAACAACUAUCCUACAUGCUUUAUUGAGUUGGAAAGAAUGGACAGCAGAAGCCAAGAACGAAGCUCUGUUUUGGGCAGCACAGAGCUGGAAGGCAUACUCUGCCCAACUCUUUAUUACCAAACUAUCCUUUCCCCAAGAUGUUUUAGACAAGGCCUUGCAUCAUGCAGUGGAUUUCAGGCCUUUGAUUGGAGAUGACUUCAAACUCGACUACAAUGGUGAUGAUUAUCUGCAGCAACAGCUUUUGAUCGAGCACUUGAUCGAUGCCGGAGCCAAUCCAAACGCUAUUAUCAACGGACAACCGCCAAUAAUUACUGCCGCUCGCUCUAUAAGUCUGGUUGGAGCGUUGAAAGUGUUGCUCGACAAGGGAGCCAACCCAGACGCUACUGACCACAGAGGGAAAUCAGCAUUGCACUUUCUGGGCUCACCAAAAUCUUUGAAUCAAAGUGGACCUGUAGUGCGUUUGAAUGAGACCGCGAUCUGUAUUCUUCUCAGUCACAAUGUCUCCGUUUCGCUGGAGGAUAAUGAGUCUGGGGCUAGCCCCCUUCACGCUGCAGCUUUUGGCUCCAACCUGAACACACUACAGUUGUAUCUAUCCUCUUGUAACUCGGAGCAAAGAAUUCAAGCAUUAAGAUCGAAGAACAACUUUGGCGAAACGUUACUACAUUACGCAGCUGCGGGAGCUAAGCGUGACAUUGUCGAGUUCCUUCUCAGCCAAGGGCUUGAUGUCAAUGGUAUCAACACAAAUGGCUGGACACCCUUACAUUGCGCCUUGACCCCAGCGAGGCAAGGCUCGCAGAUGAACAGCUUCUCAAAGUCAACAUCUGAAGCUUUGGGUAUUGUAAAGAUACUUCUCUUUCACGGCGCCGACCCUCGUGCUGUUACAGCUGAGGGAUGGACGCUACUACAUUGUCUUUCCCUAUUUGCUGGUAGAAAGAAAGAAGAUUCUGAACUUGCACAGUUCGUGGACAACAUGAUCCAUCGCGGUGUUGAUAUACACUCUCGAGCAACAUUUUUGUUUUGGAAUGAACUGGGCGAUGUAGAACCCAAGUAUUAUUACUGGGGUCACCAAGUCCAAGAGAGCAUUCAGGACCCUGAGAGCUCAGGAGCGAUAGUGCGAUUUGGUUACACUCCACUGCAUUUCGCAGCUGCCCACGGUGGCAUAAGUAUGGCCAAGAAUUUGCUUGAGCAUGGGGCUGAUCCCAUAUCUAAGGAUGCGAGGGGAAAUACUGCAAUCCAGAUAACAGCUAAUUCGUUAUUGUUGGACGAUUGCCCGAGUAAACGACAAGCUAUGGUAAGUCUUCUAACAGAGGCAGCUGAGCUUCGUUCAUAUUAG